GCGCCAUGCGUAUGUCAUUGCACAAACGAUGGCGCGAGAUUGAUGCCUGGUGAAGUGCAAGUACUGGCUGAAGUUUUUGUGGCGUAACUUUCUCUGCAAUUCAUAGGCUUACAGACUUUGUUGCAAAACAACAUGAGCGUUCAACUUUCGUCUGGAGCGUUAGAGGCAAUCAAUGAUGGUGCACAGAUAGACAAGCCUGUGUUCCAGCUUUUGGCUUUGAAGAAGCUGAACCCCACUGCUGCCACCAACAAUUCUGUUGAUCGCUACAGAAUACUUCUUUCUGAUGGAGUGCACAAUAACACAGCCAUGCUGGCAGUGCAGCUGAAUCAGAUGGUGACAGAUGGUCAGCUGGAGCCCAACACAGUCAUUUGCCUGGAUCGUUAUGUCUGCAAUAAGCUGCCUGGGAACAGACGCGUAGUGAUCAUCCUGGAAUUGACUGUAGCAGCACCUGCUGGUCAGGUUGGCGGUAAGAUUGGCAAUCCGGUCGCCUUGCCUCUGGGUGGUGCCACAGGUGCCAACGGGCAACAGGCACCGGCGCCCCAACGACCUCUGCAACAGCAACAGGCAAUGAGAGCUGGAGCAUCUCCAAUGUCAGUGGCUAAGGCUAACAGUUUCCCUGGUGCCGGCAGUAACUUCAGCAGGCAGCCCCAGGGAAGCUUCGGAGGGCCCGGCCCGUCUUCAGGCAUGAUGAGCCCACCCAAGCAAGCGCAGCCAAUCAGCAGCCUGACCCCCUAUCAGAACAGGUGGACCAUCAAGGCUCGUGUCUCCAGUAAAUCUGCCGUUCGUACCUGGAGCAACUCAAGAGGAGAAGGCAAGUUGUUUUCCAUGGACUUGUGCGACCAGUCCGGUGAGAUCAGAGCCACCGCCUUCAAGGAUCAGUGUGACAAAUUCUUUGACCUGAUCGAAGUCGGAAAGGUCUAUUUCUUCUCCCGUGGCACCCUGAAGACGGCCAACCGUCAGUACACUUCCAUCACCAAUGACUAUGAGAUGACUUUCAACAAUGAUACAACAGUGGUCCCGUGUGAGGAAGAAGAUGACUCCAUUCCCACAAUGCAGUUUGACUUCCGUUCGAUCAACCAGCUGGAAGAAAUGAACAAGGACGCCAUUUUGGAUACCACAGGCGAAGAAGCAGCCGUUACUUCCUCGACCAUUGCAGCCAAACCAACUGCCACUGUGACGCCUGUACCUGUUCUUGUGCCAACCACCUCAAGCCAAGCUCAAGGUCCACAGAUUCAACCACCAGUCCAAGGCCGUCCUGUAGUUUUCAUCCGGCCCACGUCAGACGGAGCUGGCCCUAAUCAGCAGAUGCUCCCGGGAUAUCCUGUUUUCACCUCUCAACGGUUCCCAGCACCUGGCAUGACCCAACAGACAUUUGCAUUCCCUGGAGCUACUCCAAUGAUCCGCGUUGUGCAGCAUCACAGCAGCAUGCCAGAUGCCAGGGGUCCCCCACGACCCGCUACCCCCACAACAACAUCGACAGUGACUGUCACAACAUCAGGCACAACAGCCACCUCCACUUUAGCUGGCCCUGCCCAGGGGUUUCAGAUACACUUCCAUCACCGUCCGGGGUACCCUCCACAACCUGUGAUCCGUUUGAUUCAGGAUACACCACCACCCCGUCCGGGGGUCCACAGAUGCAUGCAUGUCCAUCAUGGACAGCCGGUGUUUAGAACCCCGACUCCAGCCACUGCUCCUCAAACCACAACAGCUCCACCCACAAGAACCCACAUCUCAGCUCCGCCCCCAAGUAAUCCAUCAGCACCACCUACAGCAGCUGCGACAGCAGCCGCAGCAGCAAGACAGCCAUCCCAUGGAACCCACUCAGCAAAAUCAGCACAGUCUCCACCCCUCUCUGAGAGGAAGCCAGAAGCCGAAAUACACAGGCCAGAACUGGCAGAGUUGGCGCAACGCAUCCAUAACUUAUCAGCUGAUGUGAAAACCAUUAAACCUGGCAGUCGGGGAGUACCCUUGGAUCCCAGAGAGAAGCAGCGCAGAGAAGCUGCUGAGGCCAGCAAUGCCAGGAGGAAGGAAAUUAAGGCCAAGGUCAAGACCCUUCGAGCAGAAAAUGUCUCAGCAGCUUCUGAGAUUAUCCAGGAUUCAGAUUCCAUGAACCUACCAGCACCUGAUGAUGAAGCUUUAGGGAUCAGCAGCACCAGCAGCAAUGAGUCCACUCGGCGGCGCAAACGACGGAAGCGAGUCAAGCAACAGUCACCAGCCCUUGGUGAAGCUGAGCAGAGCAUUGUUACUGAAGGUCCUGCCCAAACAUCAGAUGCAAGGAAGGAGAAAUCCACACUUGUUGAUAGUGCAAAGUCAGGAGGCCAGACAGAGUCUGCAUCCGAUUCAAAGCCUGAUGCUGAGGAUGAGCCGGCACAUGAUUCUGAUGACAGUACCAGCUCUGAAUCUGACCAUGAAGAAGCAACCAAUACUGAACAGAAGCAAAAAGAUCCUAAUCUGACGAGAACAAGCACAGAAACAACCCAUCCUGUUCCUGUCGGGCCAAGUUUACCUGAGGGUUUUCAUGACUCAGAUAACGAACCCGAAACUGCAGGUGAUACCCCUCUCAACUCACAUCCUAACAAUGAGAACCAAGAUAAUGCCUUUCCCCAGAGUACGAAAGAUCAAAAGGAUUCUCAAGUCAGUCAAGAAUCACCAACAGAAGCCAUUGCAGAUCAUGCAUCAGCUAACCACUCGACCAGGCAGCCAUCAGCUGAUAUGACUGGAAUGGAGAAAACAGGAGAACCUGGUGCUAAUCUUGAAAACCAACUUGCUCCCAGUUCUGAACUUGAACAACAGACCAGGUCCAAAGAAGUGACAGAAACUAGAUCCUGUUAUGAUGGAAAUAACCAUUCUGGCACGGAAAGCCAACAUGGAGCAGCUGCAAUAGUGCUAGACCAGAAAGCCACCUGCAUUGACACAGCUGAUGUUGGAGUCCAACCUAAGCUCAGUGAAAGUUCAAAAGAGAUCAAACAAGAGAGAAGUGGGCAUCUUUCUGGAUCAAAAACAGCAAGCCCAGAAGUAAUGUCAUCCCAAAGUACACAAUCAAAUGCAAGCAUGGAAUCCUCAAAUAAAAUCACAAUCUACACAGAAGCAGAAAUGGGAUCGGGGUCAAGCGAUGCCUCACAAAAUAAUUUGGAAGUCAAACCAAAAUCAAGUAGAAGUACUGUGUUUAAAACUUCAACCACCAGAGGAGUUGAUGGAGUCCCUAUCCCAAGUUCUCUGCCAGACACAGAUGUUGCUAGAACUCACAGACCACAGCAACAUUUGCAGACUUUGUCCACAUCCUUGACUUCAUCUUCAGAACAACACAUUCUACGAGGUGAAAGUGAAGAGCUGCAGAGAGAUCAAAUUGACGUUGAGCACAAGCAACUUGCUCUCGAACGGAAAUGCCUCAACUGUGAGCGUCGAAACCUCCUGCUCAAGGAAGAAAGACUUCAGAUUGAGCAGGAUCGUCUCCAAGCAGAGCGGGACAGGCUGCAGGCUCUGCAAGAGCAAGUACAGCUGCAGCGAGACCAACUGGAAUUGGAUAGGACCCGAUAUGAACUGGAACGGGAACACCUGGAGGUCAACCGUGAACGUCUCCAAGUUGAGCGCAAUCACCUUCAACAGGAGGAGCAACGUGGUGAGGACUCCAAGAUGAUUCUGCAGAGCCUGCAGGAGAUAAGCCAGACACUCCAGAUGUCCGUUAAUCUCUCUCUCCAAGGCUACGGCUUUCCAAUGUCGUAUGAAGUGAACGACAGAGGUGCAACUGCUGUCACUGAGGAGUACUUGCAGCCACAGAGCUUCUUGCAAGUGGAGUCACAAGAGAUGUGGCCAGCCGAGGAGACAGACAUUCCAGGAGGAGGAGCCGUUGGUGGGGGAACAUUUUACUCGGAGGGAGAGAUCUCAGGAGACGAGUGGACAGUUGUUGGAAGAGCAAGGGGAUCAUCCAGUCACCGAGAAAGUUCGCGAUCUGCAGGCCAAGAUCAGUGGGUAGCUGACAGCACAGUUACAUCUCAAAGUUCUGUGGAUACUCUGGCCCAAGGCAGUAGGCCCCCUGAGUUGGCUGCACCAAGUCCAGAUGUGACUCAUGGUUCAACACAGCAAGUGCAAAAUUUAACAAAAACUGGAAGUUCUAAAGAAGCUAGUGGAAUGCAGAAGGGUGAAAAGUCCAGCUUUGGGCAGAAAUCAAGUGGAGAUCGGAGUUUGUCACCUGUGCAUGGAUUGAGUAGUAUGCAGGAACGACAGAGAACGAGAAAUAACCCAAAUCGAAGAAAUCAUCGACAAGGACGACCCUCAGACAAUCGAAGAUGGCAUGAUCGAAGGAACUGGAAGCCAAACGAUUCAAGAAAUGAACCCAAAAAGUAAAACAAAAGUCUCAAUGUCAAUCUUUAUGUGACGGUGUGUUUCGUCAAACUGAAUUCAUUUUGUCAGUUUAUCAAGUUUUCUUUUGUAAUUUUAUUUUCCUGAUUUUUUUUAAGAGCUAAUUUAUAAUUAUAUGUAGAAAAAUGUUGGUACAGCCUUGCAUAAGGAUUUGCAUUGCUUGUAAAGGUUGCAGGAUUUAGUAAGGGGCUAACAUAAAAUGGAAAUUUUAUCUUUGUGUGACAGCCCAAGGUGCUUUAUCUCAGAAAGAAAUAUCAAAUUUGCAAAACUUGCAAAAGGCUACUCUUCUCUGAUGCAAAAAAUUGUAUAUAGGUCUCUCAAGCAAGAAGUGGUUAUUGAAUAUCUUACAUUGUAGCUGAUUUUUGGUCUCAUUUUCAACUUAGCAGUCAUUGUAUGCAUUAUCAUGGUAAGCUACACACUCUAUUCAUGACAAAAGAUACAAGUAGAUGCUGGAAGAAGAUUCUUGUCAUACUUUUUAUAUUGAUCAGUUGAUGAAGAAUUUUAAGCUAUGUAGACAACAUAGUGUACAUUUUAUUCAUUUGUGGGUACUUCCAGAAAUUAGGGGUCCAUUUUCUUUCCUGACUCUGCCACAU